AUGGUCUUUGAAAUAAGUAUCAUUUUGAAUGGACCGCAGGUGUAUGCGCUGACCUGGGCUGACCCAGCAGAGAUUCUGGUACAUAUCUGCUUCCUAGGGGAAAAUCCAGUUUUAGUCUAUAUCAAUAUCAAUAGACCAAAGACCGCUCACCCAGCUGUUAAAGGUGGAGAGAAAACUGCCGGCUUCUGCAAAGGGCAUAUCUAUCAGUUUCGAAUUCCGCAAAUAAAGAAUGUUGACAUGACUCUGAGAAAUCGCUUUAAGCUGUGCGUGCCGUUCCGGGCGAGGAUUGGAACUCAAAAGCCGCGGGGCUACCCCGGCCCUCGUCGCAGCGCAGCGCAGCCCGCCCGGGUUUCCCCGCAGCAGAACUGCAGGAGGCGGAACGCUGCGCGCUUGCGAGGCGCGCUUUGGGCCGGGAGCCUCGGGAUGCAGGCGGAAGAGGAAGAUCCUUUGCAGUCUGUUAAGGAAGACACUGGGAGUGGAAUUGCUCUGGAUGCUUUCCAUCUUCAAUCACUUAUUAUUGAUACAUUCCAUGAUAAAGGAUUUCAGAAAAUAGAAGAAUAUUUUCAACAGAGAGCAAGCCACAUUCCUCAAAAAUACAAUCAUCUUGUAUUCUCUCAUCUUGACAGAUCAAUAAAUAAGGAACUGGAGAAAAAGGAGUUUUGGUAUGUUUCGCUGUUGCUGAAAUGUAUUCAGCGAUUCUUCAUGGAUGGCCUCAAAGAAGAUGAACCUUUGCUAAUUCAGCAGGGACUGAUCCCAAAGAUGGUUUCCUGGUUUGAAAAAACAACAGAAUUUCUGACCAUGGCAGAUCUAGCGUCUGACACAUCCCUGACUGAUGUUACAGAAGACUUCUUUGACACAGCCUUGAUUAUUUCCAGGAGUAGUAGUAAAGGGAAAAUUGAGAUGUUGGAUUCCUUCAUACUUACCUUAGGAUUUCUGGUGACAGAAAAGACUGUAAAUCGUUUCAUUCAGCAGGAGGCUUUGAAAACUUUGAACUCCAUUUUUCAUGCCAUGCCUCGGGAAGAGCGAAGACGACUCCCCUUGUUGGAAGGUCCACGUCAUCUUAUGAAAGACCUGGCAAGGACAAUCUUGACUGUGGGUGAUUAUGACCAGCAGGUUGCUCUUUCUGAAGCAUUGUGUAGGCUGACCUUGAAAAAAUCAAGGGAUGAGCUUGUCCAUGAGUGGUUUGAAGAUGAUGUCAUUGCUGAAGCUUUCAAAGAAAUUAAGGAUCGAGAAUUUGAGACGGAUAGUAGACGGUUUCUCAAUUACCUAAACAACAGACUUGGAGAUGAAAGAAGGGUCUAUUCAUUUCCGUGUAUUGCUGCCUUUGCUGAUGGGCACGAGAUGAGGAAACCAGAAGAUGAAAAACUAGAGAAAUUUUGGAUUGACUUCAACCUCGGAAGUCGGAGUGUAACUUUUUAUAUAGACAAUAUGAAGAGUGCUCUGUGGGAUUCAGUAAGACUUUUGAAGGAAGCAGUGAUUAAUUUCAGCAUAAUAGAAACUGAAAAUAGGAAGAUCCUCAUUAUUUGCCUGCAGAAGCCUAUUAAUAUUGACAACAAAGAAGUGAUGAAAAUAGAAAUCCAUUUUGAUUUGCAAUUCAACAUAUCACAAGCUUCCAUUGAAGCUUUAGGAGAAGACAAACAGGUGUUGCCUGACCAGACAAGAAGCUCCUCAGAACGUUCUGGUAAACUUGAGAAAGAAGACCCUGACAUUCCUAGCAGCCUUGAGAGAGAGACAGACCAGAAAGAAGAAUCCACCAAGCUGGCAGAAUUAAUGAAUGCCAGAGAUGACCAUUGCCCAAUAACUGUCCCCUUAAAUGACCAGUCUGAACCUGUGAGUAUGGGAUGCUGGAUUCCAGCAGCUGAGUCCCAUCUUCAACCCAUCCCCCCACCUCCCUUCCCUCUAAAACCCUCACUUAAUUACAGGAAACACCUAUUCUCGGAGAGUAAUCAAGAUUCAAGUAGUAGUACCAGUGAACUAUCUUGGACCAGUAACCGAAAAAAGAAAUCCCUAAAACCAUAUUCUAGUAGAAAAAAGACAAGAAUCAGAAACAGCAUAAGAGUUUUGCCAUUUUCCCCUCCCAGAAGUGGCAGUGACCAUGAGAAAGACCAAGCUAAACUUCUAACACCAUUAUGGAAAGAUACCUCCAGGCAGAAUAAUUCCACACCUUCAAAAAUUUCUGGAACAAAACUUCAGGGUAGUUCUGACUUUUUAACUGCGGAAGAUUCUGCCCAGAAAACAGAACCUCAAAGUCCCUACCCACCGAGCGAUCUGUCAUCCUUGGAGCAUUCAGAAGUUGAAGAAAAUGUAUCUAAGGAAAAUGUAUCGAAGCUGGUAGACCAAGAGUCCUCGAUGAAAAGUACUAGCUUCAAACAUAAACUGCAAAACUUGGAAGACGGAGACAUAUCAGAUGGCAGUUUUGCUAAGUCAAAACAGUCAAAAUUGGAAGAAGAUGCUGCUCCAGAAUCCCUCGCCUCAGUGACAGAAGAGACAGACUCAGAAGGCAUUUCUACUCCAUCUCUAGCAGUUGUACCAGAGAAUUCGAAGAGUUCUGCUGUUAUCACAGCCCUUGAAAACUUCGCUAGAGAACUGAAAAGAAAAUCUGAGCUUAGGUACAAAGGGAGUCCACUUUAUUCAGAAGAUGCAAAGCAAGCACCAGAUUGCUUAAUCCAACUUUUAAACCAGAUACAUCAAUGCAGACUGAAUAAACUACAACAGUUUCACAGUUUUGUUCUUCAAGAGCUGAACAAUCUUGAGAAGGAUAUUCAGGCUCUGAAACACCUUGAGAAGGAUGUUCUGGAAUUUUGGGAAAAACAGUCUGAUGAUUUGAAAUCAUUCUGUGAUCUGCAAGUGCUGAGGUAUUUUUUCAAAGUAUUCUUUCUAGAAGUAUCUUAGUUGAAGGAUAAGGGUAGUUGCUUUAGCUAUAGUAUGAGUCAUUGAUGAUGGUAAAACUGCAUGUAAGUAGCUAUGAAACUGCAUCUUUUCAAACCAAUUACUUUUGUGGCACUCCCUGAGCAAAGAGUGUAUCUUAGGGUAUCAAUCUAGAAGUGUAAA